AUGAAAAAUAUACAAGGAUAUAAAUUAAGAUCACCGGUUAAACAGGAUUCACCAAGAUCUUUUACUUAUAUAAAUAAAAUGGGGCAGAAAAUUACAGUUGAAAUUAGUUAUCAUGCAACCAGUGGAUCAAUAUUUACACAUGUUACUUAUUCAUAUCCAUAUGGUAAAUCAUUAUGGUGUAUUAUGGUACCAUAUAGUGAUGAAAUACCACGUUCAUUAUAUUUUUUAUUACCAUUUCAAAUUGAAGUUUGUUUAACAAAUAUAUUAUUUAUCGGUUCAUUAGAUUCUAUUAAGAAAAAUCCAAAAAUAUAUGAUUUUUAUAUAAAAAGUCUUGAAACUUUAACUGGUUUUAUAAUAUCAAAUUUUUAUUUAGCAUUUUUAUCAAGUUUUCUAUCAGUAACAAUAUUUUUACCACAAAUAACAAAUUGGGAUUUAUUAGAAAAAUCAAAAUUAAAAAUACAAAUUAUUGAUUAUGAAUUAGAUCAAUAUUAUUCAACAGAACCGGAUAUACCAAAAUUUUUAAAUAAAAUGUUUAUGAAAGUUGAUCGGGAUAUAUUUGCAAAAAAUCGUAAUGAUUUAAAUAAAUCAUAUGCAUAUACAACAAGUACACAAGCUGCUAAUUUUUUAUUAGAACAACAAAAAUUCUCUAAACGUCCAUUAUUUCGUAAUCCAGAUUUUUGUUUAAGUGAUGAUCUUUUAGCAUUUCCAAUUAAAUCGGAUACACCAUUUUAUGAACCAUUUAAAUUAUUUACUAUGAAUAUAUUAGAAUAUGGUUUACAACAAUAUUGGGAAUUACAAAGUUAUAAUGAAGCAUUUGAAGCAAAUAUUUUAAAAGUGAUUAAACAAGAAACCUUACAUAGACAAAAAUUACAAUUUCAACAUUUUACAUCAGCAUGGAUUUGUUUAAUGAUAGGAUAUACAAUAAGUGGAAUAUGUUUUAUUUUGGAACGUUACCUAUUAAGUCGUAAAUGUAGAGGAAAAUAA